UGGAAAGAUGUGAAACGAGGUCGAAAUUUCGUUGAAACUUUUUCACUUAUUUUCACAUUCAAGAUAUUAAUCGUGCGUUUAAAUAUCCGUGAUUCGACUGUCAUUAGCAACAUUGUUGUGCAGAUUCUGAAUCCAAUACUGGGAAAGCGAGACGAUGAGCCAAGGCUGUUGAUCGUAACCUGCGGUCGUCCAGCCCCCCGGCGCCACGUGUCUUUCUGUUACACAUUUUGUCCCACCACAUCGCAUAAUUGUUGAGUUCUCCAAGAACCAAUGAAUUACCCAUUGGGAUGCGCGGUGCGAACGAAUUUUUUAACGCCUCGUUUUGAAAAAAAUUAAAGUUUUUCAUCUUCGAUAAAUCGGACGUGAAAGGCGAAAUAAUCUCACGAUAAUUGUCAGACGUUGAGGCAUCCAAAGACAUGAGAAUUUUCGGAAUAAAUGUUUAAAACGAAGUCGAGGGCUUCUGACUCGACGACUUUCCGUUGCCUGACGCACGUGCACAAAAUUCUUAGCGUUGCUAUACCUCCGGAACAAAGUGGUGAAAAUUAUCCUCAUUUUCGCAAGAGCUUCGUCUCCAGUCCCCCUAGAAACGACAAUUGGAGAGAAUCCGCAGCAAAGUUUGUACUGUUGCGCAUGCGGAGUUUUGUACCCCUCCCCGAGUGGGAACACGUGGAAACUUUUUGAACUUCGGCACCAAAUUACAAAAUAGUAUGCACUGCAGUGCCUCGCAGCUUCUCUCGGAAUUCGAUGAAGAAAAACCUGCCGGAAGACGCGCUUUGAGGGAGCUGCUGCCUCGACGGCUCUGCCGCACGAAUUUUAUAUACAAAAAAACUGAAAUAAUCUUCGUUUCUCAACGUUUCCGUUCGCCGAAUUGUUACGGGAGAGAGUUUCGGCUCCGUCAUCUAGUUGCUGUCAGUUUCGAGAUCAUUUUGCGAAGUUAAUCUCCAUCACUCAGACAUACACCAUGAAUCGAUGAUCCCCAUAAUUCUAAUGUAACUACGUGCCAAACUGAAAUGUGAUAUUUCGAAGGUGACCGAUCAAAACGGCGAUACGUACGGCACAAUAUUUAAUCGGGGGUCUCGAGUCUUGAUAACGCCGAAAUAAAGGUGUAUCGAAAUCCAUUCACGGCCUAAACGACGCCUUCAAUGAUUUAUAUCUUUGUGCAAUGAGAUAAAGAUCUUGGCCGAUGGUUUAUCGGUACGAAAAAAGAGUCCAUUCGUGACGAGGAAUGCCGAAGAGCGGGCACAACGACUUUGAUUUUUGAUGACUGUUCAAUUGAUUUCGUUUGCAUGCAAGAAUUAAUGCAAAAUUCGUGAUUCAUUGUCCCCGGGAUUAUAGAAAAAAGGGAAGAGCCUCUUCUGUCAUUCUGUCAACUGUUGUCGCGUGCUUGUCAACGAAUAAACGGUAGAGAGAAUCGCACGACAAUGGCGCCGACCGAGCGAGUGUUGCACGAGGCCAUCCAAGUUGCCCCUCUUGCUAUUUCGGACGACGUCAAGCGCCAGAAGGUCGAAAAUCAGCUGGCAAAAAUGAGGUUCUCGGCUGCAACCGUGCGAAAGAUCCAGGAUGUUUUCGUUUCGGAAAUGGAAAAGGGCAUACACCAACAAGCCUCGUCACUGCAGAUGGAAAACACGUACAUACCCGAGCUGCCCGAUGGCACCGAGGAGGGUUUGUUUCUGGCACUCGAUCUCGGAGGAACGAAUUUCCGGGUGCUACUGCUCGAGCUUGUGAACGGUGUUGUUGUACGGGAGGAUGUAAAGCUAUGUCACAUCGGAGCUCACUUGAGAGUGGGUUCGGGAUUACCACUUUUUGAUUACCUCGCCGAGUGCGUCAGCAAUUUUGUAAUCAGUGAGGGUCUUCAGGACGUGGAGCUUCCUUUAGGUUUCACGUUCUCGUUCCCAAUGAUUCAGCACUCCCUCGACAUCGGUAUACUCGUCACGUGGACCAAGAGCUUCAAUUGUCCGGACGUCGUGAACGAGGAUGCGGUGAAACUGUUGCGAGAGGCCCUCGCAAGACGUGGAGACACGAGGGUCAACGUCGUGGCCAUUUUGAACGACACAACCGGCACUUUGCUCCAAGGUGCAACCCAAGACCACGACACCGCGAUCGGCCUCAUUUUGGGCACCGGAAGCAACGCCUGCUAUCUCGAGAGAGCAGAUAAAGUCGAGCACUGGGAGCCGGAAAGACACGGGGAGCGAGAAGUCAUCAUCGACAUCGAAUGGGGUGCUUUCGGCGACAACGGCGUUUUGGACUUCAUAAAAACGGACUUUGACCGCGAAAACGAUGCGAAUUCCCUCAUCGUCAGCUCCUUCACAUUCGAAAAAUACAUCGCCGGAAAAUAUCUCGGCGAGGUGGUGCGCGUCGUACUCGCCAAAUUCACCAAAGACGGUCUCUUGUUCUCGAAACAAGACGUCAGCAAUCUUCUCGUACCUGGCAAAUUCACGACCGAUUUCGUUUCCGACAUCGAAGAGGAUUCAGUCAACGGUGGAAGUGAACACACGAAGCGAGUGCUCGCGAAAUUUGACAUUGUCCCGGACGAGGAUGACGUCAGCAUCGUUCAGUACGUUUGUGCAGUUGCCUCGAAUCGUGCAGCCCUUCUAGUUUCGAUAUGUCUUGCGAGUAUCUUGGAUCGGAUGCAACGUGAAACUGUAACGAUAGCUGUCGACGGAUCUCUUUACAAGCAUCAUCCGCGACUGGAAAGUUGGAUGAACAAUUACAUAAGCCUGUUAACGCCGACUCGAAAAUUCAAACUGAUUCACGCACAAGAUGGAAGUGGCAAAGGGGCAGCAAUAACCGCAGCGAUUGCGCUCAGGAUCCAGAAGAGAUUGGAAUGAAAUUCGAUCGGUCGUUGAAAAUUGCACGGUCUUUCCUUCGUCAUGGUGUCUCGUGACAAUUUAACAUAAUGCGUAUAAGGGGGAGGAGGAAAAAACUAAAAAAAGAGGAGGAAUCUUUGAUUUAAACGAAAACAGGGAUAGAAACCCGCGCACAAAAUAUCUCGUUAAGGGCAAUUAUCUUCCAAAGAUUCGCUCGAACGAGGAGACAAAAAAGCUGCGUACCGACGAGCCGGAAAAGCGAUAAAAUUCUAUCCGAAUUUUCCACUCCGUCGAAAACAAAAUUCCUAGUUUUAUGGAGCAAUGAGCUCCAUAAAAGCUUUUUGGUUCAAGAGAAAAUUAAAUGGCUAGAGCGUGACGCUCUUCAGGGGUUGAGCCCCUCGAGUCGAAGCUUACAGAAACGCCGAUUAAAUCGAUCAACUUCCAGGCCUUCAGGAAACAGCAAAAGCUGACAAAACACGUACGGGGAAUACCUUAAAAAAGAAAUUUCGUCAAGAAUAUAUCCACACUUGGUCGGCUGUUUCCAGAGAAUCGCGAAGCACAGAGAAACUCUGGUUUUUAAUAACUUUUUAUAAAAUCGAAAAAGUCAAGUGGCUUUCGGCUUAACGUGCGAUUUCCUCCGGCAUUUUUCCUCCGUGCAGAUCAAGUUAGACUUUUAGAUAAGCGACGACGAAGAGAACAUUAUUUUUCUAUAUUGUUGUUAGGUUAGACAAGAGAACUAUGAGAAUAGAGGGGUGAGGGCUCCUUUCGAGAGGAAUCAUCUCGUCAGCGUGCUCUGCCCCGACUCGUUUUAUUUUUCGAAAUAAUAUUUUUAUUCUCUUUGUUAUUCGCCAUACGAAAACAUUCCAUUUGUCUUUAUCCUCACGCUCGUUCUGGAUCAGAUCUGUUUACGAUUCGGGCCAAUUCGUUCGACCCUUUGAGAACGAACCUGCAACGAUUUUAAAUUCUAUUUUAUAUUGAAAAUGAAAACUUGAGAAAAAUAUAUAUUUAUAGAAAUGUUGAAGAAGCUAUUCGGGUACUGAGUCUAUCGUGGACUCGCUUGCUCGCUCGUUUUAUUGAUUAUUCAGUUUUAGUUCCUGUUGUAUAUACAUUUUGUUUUCAAUAAUAGGUUGAUAUUUUUGUUUUACGUUUCUGACUUUUUCUCCCAUUUUUCAUCGAUCUUAUAUUCUAUUGUCUAUGGAAAAAAAAGAAAAAAAAUACAAUAGUUCGACGGGUAUCAUUUAGACUUUAGCAUUAUCGUGUAUGUUUUGGUGGAAUAUUCGACCGGUGAAGGAUCGAGCCUUCUCGCUAUUUUUCCGUAACAGAAACGUACUCGAGAAGAAAUAAACGUGUGAAAAGUACGCAAAAUAGGGAACGAUCGAAAACGCGUCGUCGAAGAUGCUCGUGUGCGUUUGAACGGCUGAAAAAAUGACGAAAAACAGUUCGAAAGAGCGUCAGGAGCACACAGGGUUGUGAAUUUUCGUCAAUCGAAAAAAAAUGAAAACAAAAAUAAAACGUGAAGGAAUUGGAGCCGCAUGGAUCGGUGUGAUAAACGAGACGCGAAUUCUCACCCUCAGAAACAAGUGCCAGAAAUAAUAAUAUUUAUUUAAAAGAGCUCUUGCGAUGUUGAUGCAUCUUUGAAAUCGAGAAAAAGAGAGGCAGGAGAUGGAGCGAAAGAUUGUUGAAUAAAAAUGUAAAUCAACUAUUUUGAGCAUUUUCCUUCGUGUAUGUGAAAAAGUGGGAACGUGCGUUGAUAAUAAAAUUUAUGAAAAAAUAA